ACGAAAUUAUAAAGAAAAUGGUUGAAAAAUGUAUCCCCAAUCUGAGAGGGAGCAGGAAUUGGACACAGGCAUAGACGAGAAUGUCUCCGAAGCUCGCUUCAAAUCUCUUGCCAUGGCUCAUCGUACUAACAUUUGCAACCUUCUAUUUCUUCUCUACAUUCCUCUCUCGCCAUACUUUCUCUUCUUCUACAACCUCACAAUCACUCGCAAUCUCCAAAUGCAAUCUUUUCACCGGCCACUGGGUCUCGGAUCCUGACCGCACCCCUCUCUACGACCAAACAUGCCCUUUCCACCGUAACGCCUGGAACUGCCUCCGAAACGAGAGGCAAAAUAUGAGCUUCAUCAACUCCUGGAAGUGGGUGCCCCGGAACUGCCACUUGAAUCGGAUCGACCCGUUUUGGUUUCUGGGUCGGAUGAGGAACAGGAACAUUGGGUUUGUUGGGGACUCCCUCAACGAGAAUUUCUUGGCUUCUUUUCUUUGCAUUCUCAGGGUCGCCGAUGAGGGAGCCAAAAAGUGGAAAAAGAAGGGUGCUUGGAGGGGUGCCUAUUUUCCCAAUUUCAAUGUCACCGUCGCUUAUCACCGUGCCGUUUUGCUCUCCAGAUACCAGUGGCAGCCAAAACAAACAAAAGGUGGGAUGCAAGAUGGAUCAGAAGGCUUUUAUCGAGUUGAUGUUGAUGUUCCUGCUGAUGAUUGGGCUAAAAUUGCCGGAUUCUAUGAUGUUCUGGUGUUUAAUACUGGUCACUGGUGGAAUAAUGACAAAUUUCCAGAAGAGAAGCCUCUGGUCUUCUAUCAAGCAGGACAAGCAAUAGUUCCGCCUCUUGGGAUGUUGGAUGGACUCAAAGUUGUUCUUGCUAAUAUGAUCACAUACAUUCAGAAAGAAUUUCCUAGAAACACCCUUAAGUUCUGGAGAUUACAAUCCCCAAGACACUUUUAUGGUGGUGACUGGAAUCAAAAUGGGAGCUGCUUGUUCAACAGGCCCCUUGAGGAGAAUGAGCUUGACUCAUGGUUUGAACCCAGGAACAACGGGGUUAACAGGGAAGCAAGACUAUUUAAUUAUGUGAUUGAAGAAGCAUUACAAGGCACAGACAUUCACUUGCUUGACUUAACUCAUUUAAGCGAGUUCAGAGCUGAUGCUCAUCCAGCAAUUUGGUUAGGAAGGAAAGAUGCAGUGGCAGUAUGGGGUCAGGAUUGCAUGCAUUGGUGUCUGCCUGGUGUUCCAGACACAUGGGUUGAUAUAUUGUCACAGCUGAUCCAUGAUGGCUUAGAAAAGAGCUGACGGGCCAUUGAAAGUGAAGAACUUGUUCCAAUGAAAUGUUACAUAGCAUGAACAGAAAACUUUCUCGGUUGUUUUGGGGGCCAUGCAGCCAAGUUCUGUGACCAGGAUACGAGAAUUUUGGGUUGUGCUUGAAAUGUGCAAGGCUGAUCUUGCUUGGAAGAAAAGCUUCAAUGGAGGAAGGAAGAGACUAAUUGGUCGGGAAUAUGCUAUACUGAACAGGCCCGAUCUAAAUGUCAUUUAUCAUAGGCUUCUUAACUUGUUAAAAUCUAGCAGUAACUCCUUUCAUUCAGAUUAUUUUAUUCAUAUUAUCAGUGAUAAAAGAAAAAAAAAUUCCUGAAUCUUCUGUUCAAAA